AAUGGAUAAUUUGCUACCGACUGCCAAUCCCAUUUUAUAAACACCUUUUGAAUUUACUAAACCUAAAUUUGAUUAUCCUGGAGAAAUUGCGUAUAAUAUGAUCUAAAUAGUCCCAUGCCAUUUUUUCAUAAUCUAUUCAAACCUCCCAAAAAUGUCCUUAAUUUUGAAUGUUGUGAUAUUGAUUUCUUUUCUAAAGAACCAACUUACUUUAAAACCCUACAUGAAUUACAUGCCAAUUCCCCUUUAAUUUAUUAAAGAUUCAUAACUUAAUCAUCCAAAACUUAGAAUUUUGCAUCUCCAUAAUAUCAAGGAACUUAAUUAUUCUCUAAAGGCCCUAUUCAUUUUAAUUCUAAUUUUGAAUGUGGCAAUCUCUAUACUGUAUAUAAAGUUGCUGAUAGAAAAUAUAAUUUAAUUUUGCAUAAUGACACUUAAACAAAUGGUUGCACAAGAUGGUAUUUCUUUAGUGUCAGAACUCCAGAAAGAAUGAUGCUUCAAUUGAAUAUUAUUAAUUUAACUAAGUAAGCAUCACAAUUAAAUGUCAAUCCUUAUAUAUACACAUCAAGAACUGGAUGGUAUAGAGGAGGUGACAAUGUUUAAUAUUACAAAAAUCAAUAUUAAAAGAAAACAGAUUAUUAUUAUACAUUAUCAUUUAGUUAUCUAUUCGAAAAGGAUGAAACUAUAUACUUUGCCCCUUUCCCUCCAUAUGGAAUCACUACACUUUAAUCAUUUUUAAAACCACUAAGCAAUCAGUAAAAUUCAUAUCUAUUAAUAAGAACUCAUCUAAAACUCAAAGCUUUAUCAGUUAAUUAAGGUAACCAAUAUCCAGUAUUAACAAUGGGAAAUUCAACCAAACCUUUGAUUGUUAUAAUUGCUAGAUAACAUCCAUCUGAAGUUGUUACAUCCUAUGUAGCUGAAGGAAUAAUUGGAUUCUUAAUGGGUGAUGAAGGCAAACAAUUAAGAGAUAACUUUUAUUUUAAAAUUUUGCCAAUGAUGAAUCCAGAUGGUGUCAUUCAUGGCAACAGCAAAACCAACCUUUAAGGAAUAGAUAUCAAUUAAAAAUGGCAUAAAGUCAAUAAAUAAGUUCCUAGUGCUUAACAUGUCAAAGCCAUUAUAAAAAAGACAAAUCAAUUAUAUUUAGCUCUUGAUUUACAUCAAACAUAUAAAAAGUAUUUAAAUAUAAUUAUUAAUUUAGAUAUGGAAUUUCAUUUAUAGGAAGAUAUGAUGAGAAUCCAUAAUUUAUUACUGCAUUUUCUUAAAUCUGUAAGUAUACUAGUUUAGAACAAAGUAAAUUUGGUAAAUCUAAUAAAAUGGAAUAAACUCUUCCAUUUGCUUUAGGGUAUUAUGUAUUAUAUAAUUAAUUAGUGAAUUGUUAAAUGUUAAUUGUAUAUAUUAAGUUAGAAUUUCAAAUUAGAUUGAAAGCUUAAAAGAUUUCACAAUUUCUAUGUUAAAGAACAUAGGUGAAAAUUUAUGUUAAGCAAUUCUUUUAACAUUAAAUAAAUAAUUGCAACCAAUUAGAUUUAAUUAAUGUUAGGAUAUUUCAGCAUCUGAAUCUUGUGAAUCCAGUGAUGAAACUUAACAUAUCAAAAAGAAAUUGAAUAAAAAAAAAAUGAUUACAACAAAUUAAGGUAAUGAGAAUAAUUUAUCCAUUGUUACUACUUCCUUAACAAAAAAAUCUAUAUUACCAACAAAAUUAAAACCCUUAAAACCUUUGUGUGAUUUAUCAUAAUGUAAAUUUGAUAUAAUAAUUUUAAGUGAAUUAAUCAUCAAAUAAGAAAAGUGUACAAUAAUCUUAAUUCAAAACUAGAAUUAGAUCAUUUUCAACAAGAACCCCAGAAUUCAAUUUAAAACAUUGA